GUUGUUAAAAUAAAAGCAAAAUUGGCAAACGGCUAACGUGGCUCGGCAGCUAGACAAAUCACAUCUGCAAACUUCGUAACGAAGGAAAGACGGGCACUGUCAUCUGAAGUAGUGAGACUCCCCACCUGCCACUGUCCCCGGAGCGGGUCACGAGUCGCGACUGGCGGAGGCCGGGUGCUUGACGCCAGAAACGAGAGCCUGCUUGAGGCUCACCUCCCUGCCUCACUGGAAAAGCCCGGGUUUGUCUUGCUUUGGCGAUGCCCCAAGAAGAACAGCCAAACCUGCACCGGGGCCCUGACAGAAGGUGGGGUGAUCAGCAAACCUUUGAUUGACCUUCUUGAAUUGAUCUCACAACUUUUUGUAAAAGCUCAGGUUACACUCCUUUGUCAGAUGGCGUUCUGCCUGGCUGAGCUACACUUGUGGUCCACCAAGAACUCACUCCAAGUCAAAGAUACGGAUAUUGGCACCUAUCAGUACUACGAUAAAGGAGAGCCAGCCAGUGUACAGCAGCAGCACUACUACAGUGAGAAGCAACACUUCUGUGAAACUCGAGGCUAUUCGUGGACCCCUAGGAACUCCCGUCCAGAGAGGCUCCGUGAUUCGCUGAGGGACUUAGAGGAACUGUUGCAGACCAAUGCGUGUGUUCACAACAAAUGGAAGAACAAGCACUGCUGCCAGCUUAUGUUGAGCAGUGGAGUUCUGGUGACCCUGAUCCUAAACGGACCCCAGCUGGACAGAGUGUGUGUUGACCGCACACUGGUCGGCCGACUACCUGGCAACACUACCACCGAUGCGGUGCUCAGCGAUCGGCUGCUCUUGCUGACCUUCCUGGAGCAGAGCCAAGUUGCCAUGGUCUACCUCAACAAGAAGAACCUGGACUCCCCCGAGACCAGCAGACGGGCAGAAAAACUCUCACCAUCUGAAAUCAAGGUGGUGCAUGUGGAGGUGCGUAGCGGGGUGGGACGAAGGCUGGUUAGGCAUGUAGGGCUCAACCAUCUCCAGGAUGUGGCAGUUUGCUGGUGGCCCCUGGACAACCCUAGUCAGGAGCUGUGGCCCUGGGCCCCCAUCAACACACACACAGACAGGAGCAACCUGGUUCUGCUGAGCUGUUCGCCUGAGGGCCUCAAGGUCUUGAACUCCAUCCGGACCAAGGGAGAUCCUCUGGACUGUCAUUUCAGCCGGCAGCAGCCCUACCAGUUGCUAACCGUGGAGCUGCCCACAGGACCCCCAGAUCCCCAAGGACCUGGAGAGGCAUCCUGGGCUGACAUCUGCAUAUACGAGUGCGCACGGGGGCGCCUGCAGCGCCUGCCGUCUACCCGCAUCCCUCUGUCGUCACGACCUGUCUGCUGCUCCCACAGCCCCUCUGAGGCCAUGCUCCUCCUGGGCCUCAGUGACUCCUCCUUGGUCUUGUAUGACCUGCGGAACGGCGUGUCCCUCUUAGCUCCCUGUCCAAUCCCACCCAUCCUCCUGGCCUGGCACCCCGCUGGGGCCAUGGUGAUGGUGGGUGGAGGGCAGGGAGAGCUGAUGUGCUUCGAUGUGGGACUGGCUCCACUGGACGUGGUGUUGCUAGCAGAGGACAUUACCCCGGCUGCUACUCUAAGGCUAGCCCAGCACCUGCGCUGCUCUGGGGGUCUGGAGGGAUUACAGUGGGGGACAGGCCUGGAUGGAGGGGCAGAUGGGGCAGAAACACUGAUGUUGACCUUCCACGGAGGACCUCUAGCAGCCUUGAGGUUCCGGCUAGGUGGGUUGAAAAAAAUUGGGGCUUUGAGUGGAGGCCAGAUGGGGCCGGGGGAGCUGCUCCAACAGAGGCUGCGCUGUGGGCAGGUCAGCCAGGCCAUUGGCAUCUUGGCGUCCAUGGACUGGAGUGUGAUGGGAGAUGAGUGCUACCGAGGCCUGAGUUCGGUUACUGACUACCUCUUGAGGCUAGAGCUGAAUGCAGAGAGAGAAUCCCAACUAGAGGCAGCCCUGGGAGUGUUUUAUACCCCGCCUCUCCCCCUCUCUGACGUGGUGCUGGAAUACAGGGGUCCAAUCAGCAAGUAUGCCCGUCGCUUCUUUCACCACCUCCUCAGACACCAGCGCUUUGAGAAGGCCUUCCUGCUAGCUGUAGAUAUAGGAGCAAGAGACCUGUUCAUGGACCUCCAUUAUGUUGCCAGCGAUAAGGGCGAGGUGGUGCUAGCGGAUGUGGCUAAGACGAGGGCUAAUGAAAUCGAAGCCCAGGCAAUCAUAGCGACCGAUGAGUCUGAUAGAGGGAGAAAUGGAGUCUGUUCCGCCCCGAGGAUGGAUAGACAGACAGAUGAAACGGUAAACAGACAGAGUUUUCUGGACCCUCCCACACUACAGCCAAGUUGGAGAAGGCCACAGGAUGAGAGCGUUCACGUGACUCUGAGCGCAGACUCCAUCCGGAACUGGAGACAAGCAGCAGAAAUCAGUCUGGUUGACGCAGACGAUACGAAUGAGACGGAGGACCCUGAGACCCUCCAAGUGGUUCACCUGGGACUGGUUUAAAAACUUCACCAAUGACUCUCUCUAACUGGAUAGGGAUGGAUAGGGAUUUUUUUUUUUAAAGAAAAAACAGUGCUCACUCUGCCAUCCCCCUAGUUUGUUUUUUUUGGGGUUUUUUUUUUUUUGCUGUACAGUAAAAUACAAAGAAGCUACAGGGAAGAUGGACAAGGACAGAAACAACAAAGAAGGUUUCCGGUAAUAGUCGAUCCUGCACCAAAUGGGUUGCAUUCAGCUUUAGACACAAGGGUCAUGUAAUUAGCUGUAACCUGGAUGAGCAAUACACCUUUCUGCCAUUGUGCCUAAAUGUCCAUGUCCAAACUGAUAUCUGUGUAAAGCAGAAUAAUUAGCUCGCGUUAAGGUUUGUAACCGCGAGCUUUGCAACCGAGUUGCUGCACAGACUGUAAACACACUUUGCUCAAACAACUUUUUUUUUUUAAAGAAAUAAAAUUCAUAUU